AUGAUCCUUGCACCGGACAAGAUCAAGGCGUACGACUGCAAACAAGCAGAACGCGAGGAUAAACUAGUGCCUCACCGCCGCUGGCAUCACGAUGCUCUCCCCAAGACCCAGGACGUGUCCAAGUUCCCAUUAUCCCGCUUAACCGAGAAGGAACGAUACAUCGUCCUUAGUGAUGCCACAGAAAUAGUGGACCUCAUCAAGAGACGGGUUUAUACCGCCACUGAGGUUUUGACCGCUUUCGUCGUGGCAGCAGUGGCUGCACAGGAUGUCACGAAUUGUCUAUCGGAAAUCUUCAUUGACACCGCUUUGGAACGGGCCCAGGAACUCGAUCGUCACCAGGAAGAGACGGGCGAGGUCGUGGGCCCCCUACAUGGCUUACCUGUAUCAAUCAAAGACCAUAUCAAGAUAAAAGGAAUCGACACUUCGACUGGAUACAUAGCCUGGGCCUACAAAACAAUUGCAGACACCGAUGCCGUAGUAGUAGACAUUCUACGCAAAGCCGGUGCUAUUCUUUACGUUAAGACACAGAACCCUCAAACACUAUUGUCCUUGGAGACAAAUAAUAACGUGUUUGGCAGGGCGCUUAAUCCAUUCAACAUAAUGUUAACCCCUGGAGGAAGUAGUGGCGGGGAAAGUGCUCUAAUUGCCUGUCACGGGAGUCCGCUCGGUGUAGGAACGGACAUCGGUGGCAGCAUUAGGAUCCCUGCGGCCCACGGAGGCCUUUAUGGCCUCAAAGGGUCCGUCGCCCGUCUGCCUCAUGCAGGCCUGAUGGGCUCGCACGACGGGAUGGACGAAAUCGUAGGUUGUGUAGGACCUAUAGCGACCUCUGCUAGGGACCUCGAACUUUUUUGCCGGGUCAUGCUUGACGCCCAGCCGUGGCUUGUGGAGCCGGCCCUGUUAGAGAUGCCGUGGAAGAAAGACGUGGCAGAUGGACGAAACCUUCCUUCAAAGCUAUCUAUUGCAAUUUUAUUUGACGAUGGAGUUGUUACACCCCAUCCUCCGAUCAUGGAUGCCCUUCAAAGAUACAAGGCCGAGUUAAUUGCUGCCGGAUACGAUGUCAUCGAGUGGAAUGCACUCGAUCAUCAGGUCGGAUGGGACCUUAUUGUUAAACUCUAUCUGCUGGACGGUGGCAUUGAGUACGAAGAAACCAUCCGUUCUGGUGAAGAAUCUGAAGUGCCGCAGACGAAAUGGAUGCUGGACCACGCUCGUGGUCGAGCACCCUACACACCAGCGGAAAUUUUCCGUCUGAAUGUUGAACGAGAACGACUCAAAUCGAAAGCGCUUGCCCAUUGGAACGAAACGCACAAGUAUACGGCAUCUGGGCGCCCGAUCGACGCCAUCCUCUGCCCCGUGUCGGCCACAUUGGCACCACCUCAUGAUACGACGCGUUGGUGGGGCUAUACCUCCCACUGGAACCUCCUCGACCUACCUGCUGUAGUAUUCCCCGUUGAUCGGUUUGACAGCAGCGCAUACUCCGGAUGUCGAUCCCUGGCGGGUACGCCACGCAGCGACGUAGAGAAACUCGUAAUGGAUCAGUGGAACCCGCCCACCUACCACAACGCGCCUGUCUGCUUGCAACUCGUAGGCAGGCGUCACAAUGAGGAGAAACUCUUGGCUAUCCUGAAGAGGAUUGAGGCAGACGUCCCGUCAAAGAUCAAGAAGUAG